AUGGCUCGCGACACUGUUGGCGAAACAGAUGCCUUCUUCCUGGACAAGAGUACAACUUUGCUCCCAUUGGCAAUAUGGGGUGAUCUACUCCACCUGUGCCCCAUAGCCGCCCACACUCCCUUCGAUUUUUCUGUCGACGCCAAAGAAACUUUGAGGCUAGGGAGCCUUUUCUGCGAGUUUGCGCCAGACGACUCCGAAUACAAUGUCAUCAGAUGCAUGAAGCCAAUCUGGUCCGUCGACUACGCUGCAUGUACGAGCGAUAUGUACGGUCAGAGCACAAAGCAUCGAGCGCCCCCAUUCGACGCCCAGUAUCGACGCGUGCUACCACGCUGUGUGAAAACAGAUGUCACGCGCAGUACUAAAACGAUCAUAUAUGAGCUAAAAGCGAGGCACUAUUCAGAUGGAGGAACAGAGGGCACCUUGUAUAUCAUAAGUACAUGGUUAAACGAGUUGUAUACUGCGGUACUUGAUGGUAACACAGAAAAGUUCUGGGAUCUGAUCGAUUUGGAAAAGAAAUGGGAAGGAGAAGGCAGGACCACCUUAGGAGGCACAGAAUAG